AUGGGUGAAGGAUUGGUCAAGGAUUGGCUUGUGGUAGAAAAGAAUAAUUGCAAUUACAAUCAGUGCGAUCAUAGUAUUGCAGCUACGGAUGAGAUUCUGAUCAUGUCGAGACAGCAAGUGAGAUUAGUUAAGGUGAUUUCGUUGGAUCAGAAUAAUUAUAGGAUUUCGGAGAAUAGUCUUACCGGUUCUCAACCUGAAACAUCGACAAAUCAAGCCAAUAGAGCUGUAAAUAAAGCUAAGGGCAAGAGAACUCCAACAAAGCAGGAAAUUUUAGCUCGACUUUCUCUGUAUAAUAAAUACCACGAAAAAGGUUCUCCACAUUAUAAAUUGACGUACAUCCAGGACGCCAAUGGAAUCUUAAUUAGUGGUAAUCUCCGCGUCCAUUGGGGAUUAAAGAGACCUAUCAAACAAGCCCUUUCAUCUACUCAAUCACUAUAUGGCAGCAGCUCUCAAUCUCCAUUACCCACUAGAAAGUUGGCUAAGAACCAAGUCAGCGAUGCUGUAUCUCGACCUAUAUCACUUAUGGAUGAAGAUUUGGAAUCAACGUUUACUCCUCAGUUCGACUCUGCUGCCGCAGUAAAUGCUACUAGUCGAACAACGACACCAUUCGUGAUCAAAAAUUUGUUUCAUAAAUUUCGUAUUAUCAAUAACCCGAAAGAAUUUGCAUUAUUCAUAAAACGACCGAAAACAGGAGACUGUCGACGAUUGAGUGACGUAGAAUGUCCAUUGCUAGCCAGACUAAUGCUGGGUCCUAAUGAAGAAACUUUUCGGAUUUUUGUGUGCGAAGUCAAUGACCCCAAACCAGCUGUAAAUCCGCAACAGCAAGCGAUUGUUUUAUCACCAGAAGCUGCACAAUAUAUCAAUUUCUCCUUAACGGAACUAUCCAAUAUUAUUGAAAUGUACAAAAUCGAAGAAGAAAAAGAAAAACUGAAAAUAAAGGAAAAGUGUUAUUUCUUUGUUUUUUUCUUUAUUGCACGCUUGGGAGUUGCAUCACGAUCGGGUCAUGACUAA